AUGGAGGUUGAGAAAUACAUUAACCUGAAUUUCACUAGUUUGGAAGAUUUGGCUACGAUUGAAGCCAAAAUCGAGGAACUAACUAUAGCCCAAAAUGAAAUGAAACGUAUUACGGCAGCCAGGCUAUCAAAUACUGAAGACAAUACCGCAAAGGAACUAACCAUAGAUUCCGAAAAGUUGCAAGAUGCUGUUGUACAUAUAGGAGCUGUUUUAUCGGAAAUAAUGGAUCUAACCGAUAUAAAAGAUAGUUGUAAUAAAAUUGAAGCUUUGAUUCAAGAGUUUGGUCCUGUACCUUUGUUUAUUGAUUUGCAAGGUCAAUUACAAACAAAAUUGGAAAUCAACGAGUCAAUAGUGUUUUUGGAAAAAUGCAGAAAUGCCGAGGAGAAAUUGAAUCUGGGUUUACAAUUUGAACAACUCGGUGAGGUGUCAAUUGAGAUUGAGCAACUUGGUCAACCAGACUUGGUUGAAAAAUUGACGACUAUCAUUGCCACGUUUAGGACAAAUUUGGAAUCAGAACUAAAGGAGGUAAUAAGAAACAGCAAAUGGUUGAGCAACAGCAAUAUAGCUAGCCAAGCUUUGACCGUUUUGACCAAAACAUUUGAACGUUUAGUUGAACUACAAACUAUAAAAGACAUACCUACCUAUCCAGAAAGUUGGUGGGCCUUGGACCUUUUGUUACAACCAUUUGCAGUCAGAUUCAAUUACCAUUUCAACUCGCCUAAUAAAGAUACCAAUAAGCUAUCAAAACCUGAAUGGGCAUUAAACUAUGUUGAAAAUUUUCUUGAUGACAAUUUACCUUUAUUGAGUAUAGUAGUAGAUGACGUGUUCAAACCCCUCGGUCGAAUUGGUACAUAUGAAGUAAUCACUUGUGUAUUACAGCUUUUAAGACUCAAAAUCAACAAGAUGGUCCAUAUAAUUGAUGAAAACAUCCAUAAUGUACAAGAUGCACAAUUGAAGGAAAAAUAUGGACGGCUUUUAUCGCAUUUGAUAUUCGAGACUUCUUUAUAUGACCAAAGAUUGAGAAAUAAAUACAGUUACAACCCCUAUAUUACCACCACCACAAAAACAACAAACUAUAGCACACCUGUUGCGCAAAAAUGGACAGGACUCACCGGAGACAUAUUGUUGGACAACCUGAGUCAUACCGUUAGUAAUUGGCUCAAUUUUGAAAACACAUUAGCAACAAAAAGAUUUGAGAACGACAUUUUGGGUGCUGAGGAUGCUUUUAGAAUUGACUAUGAUUAUUUAGCAGGUAACGAAAAGGACUCCCUUAUAAGCACUCAUCAAAUUUUGAGGCCCACAUAUUCCGCGUAUGGUGUUUUCAAACUAAUUAAUAACCUCAACACGCACUUUCAAACGUUAACAAUUGUCAAAUUUCAAUUAAAGUAUGUAUCGAAAAUUCAAUUGAACAUACUUGAAUCGUAUUUGGAAGCAAUCAAAGCCCAAUACAAGAUUUUUCUCGACAGAUUCAGUUUUAACAAAAGUGCCUUUAACAUGAUCCCCGGUGCCAUGAACGAAGUUGUUGAUGCAAAAGAUUACCUCAAACAAGACGAGAAAAUGCUUGCAAGUUUACAGAAAUUAACUGAAAUAUUCUGUUCCACCAAAUUUUUAAUCAAAUCUAUGGAAAAAUGGAGCGAAGACCUCAUAUUUAUCCAGUUGUGGGAAAUGUAUAUUAAGCUUAAUUCUGUCAACAUUUCGAGCGACGACAAUAAUAACACCUAUGGGAUAUUUGGCAAUCCUUUAGAACAAUAUGAGAACUUGUUGAGCAAGAUCAUGGACCACUACUUGGAUUUCUUCAAACUUGAAAUCAAAAGACUUUUGAAAAAAUACGUCAAUACGAGCCAAUGGGAGUUGGCGGGUUCCAAUGAUGGUGAUGGUGCUGGCGAUGGCGAUGGCGAUGGCGAUGGCGAUAAUGACAAUACCGUGCCGUCAAGUGAUUUGAACCCCUUGAUAGAUGCCUUACCUAUAGAUCUCGAAAUUAUUUCUAAAUCAGUAUCACAAUUGGAUUACUUUGCAAUAUCGAAUAAUGUGGUAACAACUAUUUGUGAUCUACUUUAUGAGUAUAUUGUGACAAAUAACCGAUUUUCAAGAAAAGGUGUAAAUCAGUUGAUUGUCGAUUUUAGCUAUUUAAUCAAGUCAUUGCAACUGCCGCUUUUGCUAAACUCAAGAAGUAGAAGCACUUCAUCAUCUAUACCACAUGAUGCCACCACAAUCACCGCUUCUACUCAACAACUAUCUAGCGACGAAAACGAGAGCUAUGUCAAGAUUGUACAAGCAAUUGACCUACUAGACUCUAUGGAUAUUGAAAAGGCAAUACUCCUCAAAAAACAAUCAGACAAGAUCAUUGAUGAGUUGAGGCUCGAAUACGGCCAUAAACUACAACAUUUAAAAACCUCUGAAAUCAGAGAUUUGCUAAGUAGACUAAAAGCUGUUGAGAAUGAGUACUUGGAAAACAAAAUUAAGAGACAGUCAACAAUGCCAUCUGUUAUUAUGGCAAAGCUAUAUAGCACGAAAGAUCAUCCUACUUUGAGUAUUCCCCACCAAUUGCGUGUUGUAAUAGGCCGCAGCAACUCGUGCGAUAUCAAGAUUCAAGGUUUAGACGUGUCUUCGAAACACUGUGAAAUGAACUUGAUCAUAUUGCCUCAUACGGAUAGUCAGAAGGAGUAUCUCAAUGUGAUGGACCUAAGUUCGAACGGACUAUAUUUGAAUGAUGAGAAGAUGGAUAAGGGCACCAAUGCGAUAUUGAAGACGGGCGAUAAGCUAACUUUUGCUAAAACGGGAGGAAGUUACAUUUUCCGGUACGUUGAAGAUGGAAAACCUGAUUUGCAAGUUGGAAAGAGGUCCUUUUUCGAUGAUUAUAUACUUGGGAAACAACUAGGUUCUGGUCAUUAUGCUGUGGUUAAAGAGGCCAAGUGCAAACGAAGCGGCGAGGUUGUCGCUGUGAAGAUUUUUCAUCCGAAUAAAACUGCUUCUGCCUCGGGAUCGCGAAAUGACGCUAAACUACAACAGGAAAUGGAUUUGCUUCUCUCGAUCAACCAUCCUAAUAUAGUUCAAUAUCGAGGCCACUACAUUGAGCCAAACCUGACCCAAUCUGUAAAUACGUAUCUUGUUUUGGAAAAGAUGAAUAGUGGAGAACUAUUCCAACGAAUAAUAAACAAGACAAAACUAGCAAGUGAUGAAACAAGAGCCAUUUUCAGACAACUACUAUCAGGGUUGAAGUAUUUGCAUGACCGAGAUAUUAUACAUCGAGACAUCAAGCCGGAGAAUAUUCUCUUGGAUAUUAUACCGCGUUCGAGCCCCGCGCAAAAACAAUUAGGACCAUGGGAUGCACAGGAAUUGGAUGUUCGAGUCAAAAUUGCCGAUUUUGGUUUAGCCAAGUUUAUUGGAGAAUUGAAAUUCACAAACACGCUAUGCGGCACACCAGCAUACGUGGCGCCAGAGAUCCUAAGACUUGAGGCGAAGGGGAGGUAUUCAAAAAAGGUUGAUUUGUGGUCAAGUGGCGUACUAUUAUACGUCUGUCUUUGUGGGUUUCCCCCCUUCAGUGACGAGUUGGCUCCACCAAACAUGAAGGAACAAAUACUCCAAGGAAAAUUUGCAUUUUAUUCACCAUUUUUUGAUGAUAUUGAAGAUACGGUUUUGGAUUUGAUUACCAAUUUGUUACAGGUGGAUCCAGAUAGAAGGUUUGACAUUGACGAAACGUUGAAUCAUGACUGGUUUACGGAGGAGAUAUCUGAAAUAUCUCAGGUGCCUGACUCGAUAACAGAGGAACAGUAG